AUGGCCCGAUCCCAGGAUGUCCACUGGUUUGUCGCGUUUAUUAUAUUUUGCACUGGAUUUGUAUGCGCUAAUACAGAAUCAAUCUUAUAUAAGGUUCCUCACAAUUUUCCGCUCAGCAAAUCAGGAGACGGUAGCAUCUCUACAAAAGAUGUUAAUUUAAUACCUUCCAUAUCACUAUCGGGUGAAGCAAUGAGUCAGACAACAAUCAGGGCCAAUACUACUGAUUUGCAGCUGCAUAACACUACGUAUAUUGAAUUAACGGGCUUGCAGCGAGACGAAACAUACCAGAUUAAAGUAUGCUGGUCAGCAAUACAUCCAAUCUCCGUUGGUGAUCUCCAAACUGUCACAAUACCGCGUUUCACUGAAUUUCAGGGAACUAGAUCCGAUUAUGCGAGAAUACUAAUGACUUUCCAGGUGUUAUCCGACUCAUAUCCCAGUGAGCACGCCAUGGUUCCAAUACAAGUUUCAUUAAUCACUACUCGGCUAGGCAUCCCCGUGGAUAUUUAUCCAACAUUGGUCCUUAUGGUGUUAUUAGUAGCUGUACUAGUCGUUACCCGGUCAGCGCACGUAUUGAACGAUAUUUUGCUGAAAUUUUAG